ACGAGCUAACACACCCAGAAAAACCCCCUUGCGUGGUGGACAUUUGCUGCCAGACCCCAGCUGCUAUUAGGACCAGGGGGAUUCUGAAACUUUCUCUGCCAGUGAAUGUCUAGAGACAUUUCGAAGACUGUUUAUAUCAUGCAUAUCCAUAUUUAUCCAUAGCAACUUACUAGAACAUGUGCUCCUUGGGAACCAAACGUACAAGCUUAGCAUUGUUAGCACCAGCUGGGCUACAGGAACUCUAGGAGCAGACUUUUAACAGAGCCAGGACAAAGCUUAAGAAGAAAAGCCCCAAUGGAUUCUCGUCUCUCUAAGCAGAUCCAGUGCUCCGUGUGUUUGGGAGAUUUCGUGGACCCGGUCAGUCUGCUGUGUGACCACACGUUCUGCCGGCAGUGCAUCAGCAAUCACUCCCAGACUAGCAGGGGUCUCCGGCUGUGUCCAGAAUGUCGCCGGCCCUACACUAUGUGGGACCUGCGCUCCAACCGGGUUCUCAGGAACAUGGUGGACGCCGUGAGGGAACAUCUCUCUGCGCAACAAGCCCUGAGAGAACAAAACACAGCCUCUGGCGGACCAGAUGGCGCUAGAGCCGGGCUGGUGGUGGAGCCGGAGAAGCUGGUGUGUCCGGACCACGCUGAAAGACUGAAACUGUUCUGUGAAACAGAUCAGAAAUUAGUGUGUCUGAUCUGUAGGGACGGCGAAAAACACCAAGGCCACAAGUUCAAACCGGUGGACGAGGCAGCAGAACCCAAAAAGGAGAUGCUGAGAGAACCACUAACUUUCCUGUCGAAAGAAAACAAAGAGCUGGAGGAGCUGAUAAAGAUGCAGACGACUGAGAUCACCAAAACUGAGGAGAAAUCCAAGCAGCUUGCAGCUCAGAUAUCCGCUCAGUUUGAGGAAAUGCACCAGUUCCUCAGAGAGAAAGAGCAGAAGGUGAAGACGCUGCUGGAGAAAGAGCAGAGAGCCGUGGUGGAGAUGAUGCAGAACAACAGAAACGAGAUAGAGGAGAAACUGAACAGGGGAAGAGAGGAGGAGGCAAUCCUCCAUUCAGUCCUGGAGACUGAUCAGCCUGAUGGGUUCCUGCAGUGGUGGAUAGAGAAUGGGUUGGAUAUCAUUGAGGGGAUGAGAGAAAGGAAUGAAAAUGAGUCACCACAGUUUAAGUCCAGGCUGAAAGGCCUCAGUGUCAUGCCUGACUGCUUGUUCCUUGGCCCCCACGAGACUCAUCUCCAGUUCUUUGUAUGGAAGGAGAUGCUUGGGUCCAUUAAACCAGUUCCUGACCGUAACGUCAUAUCUGACUGCCAUGACCCGUACCUCAGGGUUUCCUCUGACGGCCGCAGUGUGACCCGCACAGCCAAAAAGGGCAUUUUCUACCGGCAGAAAGACUACAGGCCACUGGCUAGGACCCACAAGACCUUUCAUUCAGGGCAGCAUUACUGGGAGGUGGACGUGGGGGAGAAGAUAGACUGGAGCGUGGGCGUGGAUGGAGGAUGCAUAAGCAACACAAACAAAGACAUCAGGCUUCAGCUGAAGCAUGACCAAGGCUACUGUAUUAAAGAGGACGGCACUGAGACCGAAAAGGAGCUGGCGGUGAAGCCUCGGAGAAUCGGGCUCUACCUGGACUGUGACAGGCGUCAGCUGUGUUUCUAUAAUGCUGACGAUAUGACUGUCCUCCACUCUACUACGUAUCCUUCCUCCACUCCUUACUCUCUCAGUCUCUCACCUGGAGUCUACCUGCAGGGCAGGAACGCUGACCCACUGACUGUCUGCUGGAACUGACUCACCUUCAUUUAUGGCAUUUAUCAGACGCUAUUAUUAUUAUUAUUAUUAUUAAGUACACAAAACGUAUAGGUCUGGAACAUUGCAAAUGUAGGCAUGUUAAAGCAUGUCACAUUUGUAUAAAACACUGCCUGCUGAGGUUCCUCAGUUUGGCUGUUUUCUAAAGGAAGUAUAUAAGUAUCCUUCUGCCUACAUCUCCCAUAAUCCUGUGUGUCAGCACAGAUGUGGUUAGGAGACAAAUAAAUGAUAUUAAAUAGAUAAACUAUACAAAUCUUAGCUUAACAGCUACUAUGUUCUUUUAAUAUGUAAGUAUGGCAGUCAACUCAUUGUUACAUCUGUUUUUAUGUUAGCUGUAAGUGUCUGUUUGCUAAUGUAUUUAAGCUAGGCUAAGCUAAUGCUUAGGUAACUUAGCCUAGAGCUAAUAAACCCAGUGAAACGUU